UUAGAUGGGAAAUUCAAAAGUACGGAAAGUAACGACAGGAGGGCCCUUUCAAGCCACGACAUGACGGAGCAGCUGCCGUGGACGAAGUGUCACUCGGGCCAGAGCGCGACGAAGGACAUGCCACCAUCGGCCAACUCAAGCACUUUGUACCACUCUUUUGUAUAGUAGUAAGCUCCGCAAUUUUCUUGCAUUACUGGGGCCAGAGUAAGCGCAAUGGUGGCGCAUGACGCACAGCCAGCCGCUGCGUGCUGCAUGGGCUGCCGAGCAAAACGUGCGCAUGCUUCUGUCGUCCGUGCACUGCUGUGCCGCAUUCACUCGGAUCUCUGCAGCUUCAACUGCACCUUGCGUCACAAUGGAGAGAGUACACGGCAAGUGGAUAAUUGAAACACUUUCUUUUAAGGAGAACGCUACGCCCGAUACGAUUCCCUUGAACAACAAAUGCCGAAGUUCGGAAGUUGAAGAGAACGCGAAAUGCGAGGUGGCUGUUGGGGGGGGGCGUGAGCGCGUUGCAUGCAACGCGUGUUUCGACGUCGUGGGAGGCGGCAGUCGCCUAAGGCUGAAUGAGCUUGGUCAGCGACAUGGGGAAGUGAUGGCCGCUGCAGGCCAUGUCGCACGUAGCGUCAGUGCUGCCGUACUUGAGCGUGUGGCCGGCGCCGCAUGCUACGGAAGACGAAAAAGCGGAGCGUAGUGCAGGACCGGCUAAGUACAUUGUUCGCAUAUGGCAACGCUAUCGCUCAAAAGGGGACAAGACGCUCACCAGUGCCGUACUCGGUGGCAA